AUGUUCAAGCCAAGGAAGAAGCUAGUUAUCAAAAAAGUUAGAUGGCAGCAAGAAGACCCUUCAGAGUCGUUACAAAAAGUGAGGGUGAACUGUGAAGAAGAGCAAGACAUAAAAAUCAGAAAACUCUUGCUCUCCUAUUGAAACUUCCUAAAUGAGUCUCUAGAUCAUCACAAAUCCUUGGAUAAGCUAUUCGAAGUUUCAAGGAAACUUUACAGACUUUUGAAGAUCUGAAAUGGGUCAAAAGAAAUCCUACUAUACAUUAAGACUCUGAUCCGUAUUGCUGAGAGUAAUAUUCAUAGGCUUGAUGGAAAGCAAAAGGAAAUCCUUCAGAUUGAAAAGGAAGACUCCAGGCUAAGCUCAAAGUCUCCUAAAAGAUCUCUUAAGAGAAGCGAGAAAGACUUUGAGUUUGAUAUUAUGAUGCUAUGAGAAAAUUACUCCAAGAAGAAGAUCAGCAAGAAAGAAAUGAAGAGUUACCUUAAGAAAUUAUUCAAGGAAACUAAAACAAAGCUUACUCAAAGAGAUAGCCAUGAGAAAUUUGAGCUUUGUAGUCAGAAUGAGAAGGAAAUUGCCUUAGAUAUACCAAGAAGUAUGACCCCUGUAAAUGUCUUGAAUGAGAAGCCAUAUGAUGCCGAUGAGAUUAUUAAAAUAAAAAGGGCACAUACCCCAGUCGAGCGUGAUAAUGAUUCCUUAUCUGAUUCAAGAAUGAGCACUAGAAACCAGAACGCAUGGAGUAGAAUCCACAAAGAAUUCAAAACCAGACAAAGCUCUCGAAACUCUUCGUCAAGAUCAAACAGGAGUCUCUCAAAUAUCUCUCUUGGAGACCUCAAGAAGUUCAAUUUCACAAAAACCAAAAAGGGUAAAAUCCUCAUGAAGCCAACAGCUCCAACCUCCCUCGGGUCUCCUAAAGUUCUUCGGCCAAGCGACUCUUUCAAUCACUGGACUUCAUCAAUCACUAAAGAAAGCAUGGAUAGAUUACCUUUACAAAGACUGAACAAGAUUAAUAAGAAAUAGAUGAAAUUCAAUAUUUUGAG